AUGCGAAAUGUCGAUCGCGAAUGCGGGACGACGGCGGAGCGACGAGGGAAGUACAGGUCGAGCGAGACGCACGAGGAGCACGUGAAUAAGAAGAUACACGCGGCGAAGCGGCGGACGAGGAGCGAGCUGUCGGUGCGACAGGGAGGGUGGGCGAAGCACGGGUACGCGUACGAGGACGCGGACGCGACGUCGCGGUCGUUGAAACAUUUACACGCGAUCGAGCGGAUAUCGGUGAAGACGACGACAAAGGAAGAGUUUAUCGAAAGGUUCGAGAGGACACGGACGCCGUGCGUGAUCACGGACGCGAUGGAGGAUUGGGGGUGUUAUAAAAACGACGGCGGGCGGUUUUGGAGCGUAGACACGCUCGCGGAGCGGUUUCGAGAGGUCAAGUUCAAGGUGGGGACGGACGACGAUGGGUACCCGGUGCGGUUGAAGAUGAAGCACAUUCAGCAUUACGUGAACGAUCCGGUGCACAUGCGAGACGAUAGUCCGAUGUAUGCGUUCGACGGGAGCGUCUUUGACAAGCCGGAGACAAAGUCGUUAUUGGAGGACUUCAAGAUUCCAGAUUGGUUCGAGGAGGAUUUGUUCAAGCACGUCGGGGCGAAGCGUCGACCGCCUUAUCGAUGGAUCGUUUUUGGGCCGCCUCGGAGCGGUUCGUCCGUGCACGUUGACCCGUUGGCGACGAGCGCUUGGAAUGCGUUGAUUUCGGGACGCAAGCGUUGGGCGCUUUAUCCGCCGCGCUCGGUGGACAAGGCGACGAUCAAGCCGCGAGGAAUUGGUCUGGAUGGUGAAUCGGUGACCUGGUUCAACAAAAUGUACCCUCGAACGACGACAGAGGAGUGGAAGCGCCAAGGAUUGCCCCCACCCAUUGAUGUCAUCCAACAUCCUGGGGAAAUCAUGUUCGUUCCAGACGGUUGGUGGCACGCAGUGCUGAAUCUCGACCACACCAUGGCGGUGACGCAAAACUUUUCGACUUCCGCCCGAUUCGACGCGGUGUGGCGCAUCACGCGUCGAGCGCGACCGAAAAUGUCUGCUAGAUGGCUGGAAAAGUUGCGACGGGUUCGUCCAGAUUUAGCCGAGGUGGCGGAUGCGCAGCCUCGUCGAAGCGAAGUCAGCGCAGGUGAACAAACGAGUUCGACGAGCAGUUCAUCCUCUGGUUCAAGCGAUACCGAAGCCGAAGCCGAGGACGAGGUCAUGACGAAAGAACGCGAGACCUUUGAGCGAGCCGCGGGGGGCGGCGGCGACGCCUCGACCAAACGCACGAGAACUGGAGACGGUUUGAUCGCCGACCUGGCCGCGGAAAAGAUGCGCGCGGCGUCGAAAUCGAUGGACAUCAACUAA